AUGGCAUCUUCGAAAAUCCCACUUUCUGUUCGUAUCACUGAUAUGGUACAUAGGGGUACCGUCCUCGGAUUAGUUGGUAUUUGUGUUGUUGGUAUUGGAAGUAUAACUUUCAAUAUAUAUGCAAACUCUGAUUUUGCUAGAAUGAAUAAGAAUAAAUUAGCUUUCCUGAAAGAACAAUAUGACCAGGCACGUACUGCUAAUGAUGAAGAAGCAGAUAAAUAA